UGUCGUGAGACCGAGCUGCAAAAAACUACAAGUCCCAGACAACAUAGCCAUUAGCUUCCUGUUUUUAUCAUGUGAUUUCACUCAUCUUUACCAUGGCGGAAGUAGAGGUGCAGGGACGAAAGCCAAGUGAAGAAUCAACAGAUGACUCUGAGGAAGAAGACAGCGAAGAGGAGCCCAAGCUUAAAUAUGAGCGACUGGCCAAUGGAGUGACAGAGAUCCUGCAGAAGGAUGCAGCCAGCUGCAUGGCCGUACAUGAUAAGUUUCUGGCGCUGGGCACACACUUUGGGAAGGUCUUCCUGCUGGAUGUUCAAGGGAAUGUCAUUCAGAAGUAUGAUAUUCAGAGUGCUGUGAAAGUCAACCAGAUCAGUCUGGACGAGUUCGGCGAACACGUGGGCGUCUGCUCUGAAGAUGGCCAGGUGCUGGUGUUUGGGCUCUGCUCUCAGACGGAGUUCGACAUGCACUUUGACUGCCCCAUCAAGGCCGUGGCCCUGCACCCUCAGUUCGGCAGGCCCAGCAGCAAGCAGUUUGUCACGGGAGGCAACAAGUUGUUGCUGUAUGAGAGGAACUGGUUGAAACACUGGAAGAUGACCGUGCUGCAUGAGGGGGAGGGCAGAAUCACCAAUGUCAAGUGGAGGGCCAACCUCAUCGCCUGGGCCAACAACGUGGGAGUGAUGAUCUAUGACAUCAGCCUCAAGCAGCGAAUCACCAACGUGCAGCGUGACGACGUGAGCCUGCGACCCGAUAUGUACCCCUGCAGCAUCUGCUGGAAGGACAACGCCACUCUCAUCAUCGGCUGGGGGAACUCCGUCAAGAUCUGUGUCGUGAAGGAGCACGAUCCCAUGGAGUUGAGAGACCUGCCCAGCCGCUAUGUUGAGAUCAUGUCUGCGUUUGAGACGGAGUUCUUCAUUAGCGGGCUCGCGCCUCUGGCCGAUCAGCUGGUCACCCUGUUCUACGUGAAGGAGAACUCGGAUCAGACGGAGGAGGAGUCCCGGGCUCGUCCUCGUCUGGACAUCAUCCAGCCGCUGCCGGAGACCUGCGAGGAGAUCUCGUCCGACGCCCUGACCGUUCGUCACUUCCAGGAGAACGAGUGCAGGGAUUACCGACUGGAGCACACGGAGGGCGAGUCCCUCUUCUACAUCAUCAGCCCCAAGGAUAUCGUGGUGGCCAAAGAGCGCGACCAAGAUGACCACAUCGACUGGCUGCUGGACAAGAAGAAUUAUGAGGAUGCCUUGAUGGCUGCAGAAAUCAGCUCAAAGAAUAUCAAGCGUCACGACGUUCAGAAAAUCGGCAUGGCUUACAUCAAUCACCUGGUGGAGAAGGGGGACUACGACGCAGCUGCUAAGAAGUGUCAGAAGGUGCUGGGGAAGAACAUGGAGCUCUGGGAGAACGAGGUGUAUCGCUUCAAGACCAUCGGCCAGCUCAAGGCUAUCAGCCAGUAUCUGCCAAGGGGAGACCUGCGGCUUCGACCCGCCAUCUACGAGAUGAUCCUCCAUGAGUUCCUCAAGAGCGACUUUGAGGGCUUCGCGUUGCUUAUCCGGGAGUGGCCCGGGGAGCUCUACAACAACAUGACCAUCAUCCAGGCCGUCAACGACCACCUGAAGAAUUACCCCACCAACAGCACCCUGCUGACCACCCUGGCUGAGCUUUACACAUACGACCAGCGCUAUGACCGAGCCCUGGAGAUCUACUUGAGACUGAGGCACAAAGACGUGUACCAGCUGAUCCACAAGCACAACCUCUUCUCUUCCAUUGAAGACAAGAUUGUGCUCCUGAUGGACUUUGACAAAGAGAAAGCCGUCGACAUGCUGCUGGAUAAUGAAGACAAAAUAUCGACGGACAAAGUGGUGGAGGAGUUGAAAGAGAGGCCCGAACUGCUGCACGUUUACCUUCACAAACUCUUCAAACGGGACCACCACAAGGGCCAGAGGUACCACGAGAGGCAGAUCAGCCUGUACGCAGAGUACGACCGACCGAAUCUGCUCCCCUUCCUCAGAGACAGCACCCACUGCCCGCUGGAGAAGGCUCUGGAGAUCUGUCAGCAGAGGAACUUCGUGGAGGAGACUGUCUUUUUGCUCAGCCGGAUGGGGAACUGCAGGCGAGCGCUUCAGAUGAUAAUGGAGGAGCUGGGCGACGUGGACAAGGCCAUCGAGUUCGCCAAAGAGCAGGACGACGCCGAGCUGUGGGAGGACCUCAUCUCCUACUCCAUCGACAAGCCGCCUUUCAUCACCGGGCUCUUAAAUAACAUCGGGACUCACGUGGACCCCAUAAUCCUCAUCCGUCGUAUCAAGGAGGGCAUGGAGAUCCCCAACCUCAGAGACUCGCUGGUCAAGAUCCUGCAGGACUACAACCUGCAGAUCCUGCUUCAUGAGGGCUGUAAGAAGAUCCUGGUGUCCGAUUCGCUGUCCCUGCUGAAGAAGAUGCACAGGACUCAGAUGAGAGGAGUAAGGGUGGAUGAGGAGAACAUCUGCGAGUCCUGCCAUGCACCGAUUCUGCCGUCAGACACGGCCAAGCUUUUCAGUGUGGUGCUUUUCAACUGCAGACACAUGUUCCACAAGGAGUGUCUGCCUUCGCCUGGAACUAUCCCAGGAGCCCAGUUCUGCAAUAUCUGCAGUGCAAAGCGGAGGGGACCUGGAAGUGGGAUCUUGGAGAUGAAGAAGUAACUGGAGAUGUUCUCCAUGGCAACUGUUGUCACGUGUUAAUUUGUGUCUUAAGGUCUGAUGUCUGGCUCUCAGCUCUGGUUCCCUCUUGCUGCUGUGAUCACAUGCCCUUUGUUAGCUUUGCUGUGCAAAAAGUGCUUGACUUUUGCUGGCUUGUUCCGCAUAAGCUUGUGAUUUCAUAAUGAUGUGAGGUCCGUAAAUUGGUGGAACAGAUUGCAGUUAUUACUUAUAGGAAAUACAGGACUGUUUUGAAAGCAUUUAUCAUAAAAGCCACUAUUCAAUCUAGGCGUGAUUAGAUGUGCUUCUUAAAGCACAUUGAAGUUGGAUAGGGUAAUGCCUUUCUGUAUUAUUAUUAUUAUUUUAAAUAUUAAUAUAACACUUUUGUUUUCUGAAUUCUGCAUACUGAUUAAAAUGAAUAUAAUAUUAUUGACACCAAAAAUAAAUUCUCUCUGACUUUA